AUGGCAGAGUCAGAUAAUGAUGGCUCUGCCGUCACGCGGAUAUAUGUGUCCGGCCUGCCUCCGUCGAUGACCACGGAACAACUGCGGUCUCAUUUUGCAGAGAAGUACCCGGUCACUGAUGCACAUGUGGUAUCUGAUCGCCGCUUUGGUUUCGUGGGGUUUGUUACGCACGAACAUGCUAAGAGCGCCGUCAAUUACUUCAACAAAUCCUUUAUCCGAAUGUCUAAGAUAUCUGUCACUUUGGCCAACCCAGUUGAGAUCAAACGCAAUUCUUCAGGCCAGGCAGCACCUGUCUCCCAACGAUCCAUCCGCCAUAUGGAGAUGAGAUACCAAGAUCGAGAUUUGCCCUCGAAAAAGAGAAAGCGUGACCUACACGAUGAUGGCGAGCCGGUCGAGCCAGUCUUACAACCUACAACAGAGAAAGAUGCCCUGCCCGCCAACCCAGGCCCAGAAGCAAAAGAUCAACUUCAACAGGAGGACAAAACAUCAGGCGAAGUCCUGCAACUGGAAAGCACAGUGGAAGUCACUCCACAGAAUGCUCCAAAAUCAGACGCAGACUGGCUUCGUGGCAAAACUAGUAGAUUGUUGGACCUGGUUGAAGGGGAUGCAACCCAUGCGCCAGCAGCUUCGGAUGGUGCUCCUGCUGCUGAGAAAGUACCCGAACCUGAUGAUUUUGCGCGGGGAAGUGAGGACAAUGCGGAUGCAGAGGCUGAAGCUCGGCCAGAAAGCACUUCCACAGUCUCUGUACCGAAUGCUCGGUUGUUCAUCCGAAACUUACCGUUCGAUGCAAGGGAGAACGACCUCAGAACAAAAUUCACGCCGUAUGGGAGAAUUUCCGAGGUCCGUUUGGUCACAGACACUCGGAAGCUUACAGGAAAGGGUCUUGGAUAUGUCCAAUUUGUGGAGCCCGAGGAUGCCGAGAAGGCCCUUGUCGACCUCGACGGCAAAGACUUCCAGGGCCGCCUUAUGCAUAUCCUCCCGGCGUCUGAUAAGAAGUUGCAAAAACUUACCGAGUUUGAGCUGUCGAAAUUGCCUUUGAAAAAGCAGAAAGCCAUCAAACGCAAAAACCAGGCUACAUCCUCAAGUUUCAGCUGGAAUUCUCUGUACAUGAACCCUGAUGCCGUGCUUGCCUCUGUAGCCGAUCGGCUGGGAGUCUCAAAGUCAGACUUGCUCGACCCUGCCUCGGCGGACGCGGCAGUCAAGCAGGCUCACGCAGAAACCAGUGUGAUCAACGAGACAAAAGAGUACCUGAAAUCUAAUGGGGUGAAUAUCGACGCAUUCAAGAACCGGUCUCGCGACGAUAGAACGAUUCUGUUGAAGAACUUCUCCUUUGGAACGACUUCAGAGGAGCUAUCACAGAUGCUGAGUCAGUAUGGUGUUGUUGAACGCCUGGUUUUCCCGACCACGGGUACUAUGGCUGUGGCGCAGUAUCAAGAACCUGCCGCUGCGAACUUGGCAUUGAAACAACUUGCAUAUCGCAAUCUGAGGGGAUCUGUCCUAUACCUCGAGAAAGCGCCGGAUGGCCUAUGGGGAUCGAAAGCUCCUGCAACUGUGAAUUCCGGGGCAGAAACUUCGCAGCCGCAAGGGGAGGUAACAGACCAACCCCUGGGUAGCACUUUCUCGGUUUUUGUCCGCAACCUCAACUUUUCUACAACAACUGCCAGACUCAGUGAAGCAUUCAAGCCAUUGUCAGGAUUUUUAUCUGCCAGGGUGAAAACCAAAACCGAUGCCAAACGGCCUGCUGAAAUCCUGAGCAUGGGAUUUGGCUUCGUCGAGUUCCGCACCAAGGCUCAAGCAGAAGCCGCGAUCGUGACUAUGAAUGGAAGGCGACUGGAUGGCCAUCAACUGCUUGUGCAAUUCUCGCAAAAGGCGAACGACCUGGGAGAAGAACGACGCAAAGAAGAUAGCUCCAAGAAGCUCAACGCCAACAAGACCAAGAUCAUCAUCAAAAAUUUACCGUUCGAGGCGACGAAGAAAGAUAUUCGCGCCCUUUUCGGUGCCUAUGGACAGCUACGUACCGUACGCUUGCCAAGAAAGUUCGACAACAGUGCUCGAGGCUUUGCUUUUGCGGAGUUUGUCACGGCAAAGGAGGCCGAGAACGCCUUGGAAGCCCUUUCCAACACGCACUUACUCGGUCGCAGGCUUGUGCUCGACUUUGCGGAAGGCGAAGCGGUGGAUCCUGAAGCUGAGAUUGAAGCCAUGGAGAAGAAGAUCCAGCAUCAUCAGGACACAUUAACACACCACAGAAUGACAGGAUCUGUCCGAAAGAAAUUUAACAUCGGCACAGGAGACGAUCUCGAGCAUUUGUGA